GGCCAAAUUUUGAAACUUGUGAUGGUAUUUCGCACCUACUUUGAAAAUGAGAAGAAUUGCCUAACAUAGCAUCCUACAACCACAUUAUUCUUAUUCUUAUGCUUUUCCUUUCACCUUCACUCUAUGUCCUGUUUCUGUUAUGGAUGUGUGUAUAAAGAGAUUAGCUAUUUUACUCUAUAGGCACUUCCAUCGACAGAAGCCAACUGCAACAAAUUGCUGGAGCUUCCCAGGAUUCCUUCUCUUCUCAGAUUUGCUAGAAGGGAUCAAUAUGCAGAAAUGGAGGAAAGGAAGUGGCCUGCUGGUGUUCUGGGUACACAAGACUGUAUAUCAGAAAUAGACUCUACUGGUCUGUUGAUUUCUCUGGUGCUUGUAUUAAUCUUGACAAUUCCAAAAUGUUAACAGAAAACCUGUCUCAGAGGAGCAAAUCAAAUGAGAUUGCUAGCCACUUGGAACUUAGAGAUCACUCGGAGAAAGUUUGGCCAUGGACAGCAGUAUAUUCACCAAAGCAUGGGUUGAUACUGGUGGUAGUGGGGGGAUUAAGGAUUAUCAUGCCAUCAAGAGAUGGCAGUCUCAAGCAGCUGCUGCUGAUCCAGAUUUCUUCCACCCAACAGUGCACGUCAAGGACGAGGAAGAGUCAAAUACUAGUUCAAGGCAACCGACAUGGAAGCAUGAUGAACGAGCAAAUAAGAGCUCUAUCUCCCAAGUUGCGGUAAGCAAGGAGCGGUUUAAGAACGAUCCCCGUGAAGCUGAUCAUAUUAAACACGCUGUCGUUGUAUAUGUUGGAUCACUGCUAAUGCCCCUUUAUAAAGCAAGAAAAAUUGACAAGGAUGGAAACAAAUCAAUAAUGAAAAAAACUGCAACAAAGGUAAUGGAGAUGACAUCCAGAUCCUUUAUUAAUUGGUCAAAAGGACAAACUUCAAAGGGUGGUAAUCAAGACACAAAAUUUACUCUGGGAUUCCCACAGAUGAGACGUUAUUUAUCUUGACUUUUCUUGUUUUUGAUGUGUACAGAGCUUACUAUUCUUUUAGCGUUGACAAAGCAUACAGUCAUCUUCUAUAUGGAAAUACCUCAGUAUUGACCUGAAUUUUUCAAUUUAACAUCAAUUGCAAACUUCAAUUUCGUUCUUCAAUUCUCUGUUCAAGAAAUGACGUUUUACGUGCAUGGAAUGACACUUAGUGACUUUUUCUACAUGAAUUGGGGUUGAAUCCCAUGGUAUAUGUAAGGUUGGAGCUUUCUUUCAGCUAUUUCCUAUGUGACAUUAAAACUGAAAUGGUAAGGCAAGUUGAUUGGUCUGAUUUUAUCUGUUUAGAGAGUUCUGAAUUCGUAAAGCAUUAGCAUAUUAAUAUUGUAUAUCAUCUGCUGGGUAAGUUAGAGGAAUAAGCAAUGCAAUACUAGCUGGGUGUUCCAUUAUUUACUCUUCUAUAUGUAGGAAGUCAAUGGAAUAAUCCCUUUUCAUUUCUUGAAUAGUAUUACCUUGUUGCUAAUAUCUCUUUCUGGAAUUCCAGGUUGGAAAAAUACUGUGGUUCUAGACAGUGGCCAAAAAGAGAUCACGGAUCGGAUGUUUCAGAGGUAUGGGAGCCGCUUAGGUGCCACAGGUUGGUGUAGCGUCGAGGGGGGUAAUGAGGCUGGAGCUGGUGAUGAAGUCGAUAGUCGACCAUGGUUGUGGCUGGUGUGCUAGAAUUGCGGCUUGCGCCUUGCGGUGCACUCAGCGUGUUGUUCAAGACGGUAGCUGUCCCUGGCCCCACAUCGAGUUCUAGAACCCUCGCCCCCAGCCCAAAUAAUUUUUCCUUUUAUAAGCGACAAAAGUGGCGAUAUUCAAUCAGUCAAACAACGAUUCUGGGAGUCUCUCGAACGUCACCCUCUACGUCAUUGCAAUCGCCGACUGUUUUAAUCGUGUAAUUUUGACUUCCUUUAUAUCUGGUCUGAGAAGAAGUAGAUGAAUGAAAUGUCCUUAAGUAGCAGUCUUUAAUGUUUAAACGCGCUAGUAAUUGGUGAUAACGUAUUUGCUUUGUCGAUUAUAUCUUUUCGAUUAAGGAAAUAAAAAAAUUUUAAACGCUACCUUUGAAAAAUUCCAUUCUCCCUAACAAAGUCAAAAAUCAAAGCUUUGGUAUAUAAAAACGAAAAAGAAUGUUGUAUUGUUAAGAAGCAAAAAAUCGAACAUCGGAUGAACAGAUCUGUCUAUCGUUGGUCCAGCUUAAUUUUAAGAAAAAUGGCCGAAGAAAUCAAUAAAUCCGAGAUUCGAUCAUCCCCGUCGAUUAUAGCAAAAUCCAGAUCGUUAUGGCCCUCCGUUCUCCGUUGGAUUCCUACUUCCACUGAUCAUAUCAUCGCCUCCGAGAAACGCCUUCUCUCUCUCGUCAAGACUCCGUAUGUGCAAGAACUCGUGAAUAUAGGCUCAGGUCCGCCUGGUUCUAAGGUUAGGUGGUUUCGUUCUUCAAGUAACGAGCCGAGGUUCAUAAACACAGUUACCUUUGAUAGCAAGGAGGGUUCUCCCACCCUUGUUAUGGUACACGGAUAUGCUGCUUCUCAAGGUUUCUUUUUCAAGAAUUUUGAUUAUCUUGCCAAUCGUUUCAAGGUUAUUGCUAUUGAUCAGCUUGGUUGGGGUGGAUCAAGUAGACCUGACUUUACAUGCAAAAGCACUGAAGAAACUGAGGCAUGGUUUAUUGAUUCUUUGGAGGAGUGGCGCAAAGCAAAAAACCUUAGUAACUUCAUAUUACUUGGGCAUUCUUUUGGAGGAUAUGUUGCAGCUAAAUAUGCUCUCAAGCAUCCUGAACAUGUUCAACACUUAAUUUUAGUGGGGACUGCUGGACUUUCAUCAGAAUCAGACACAACAUAUGAGUGGGUAACCCGCUUCAGAGCAACAUGGAGGGGGGCAAUUUUGAGUCAUUUGUGGGAGUCUAAUUUUACUCCUCAGAAGAUUAUAAGAGGCUUAGGUCCUUGGGGUCCAGAUCUUGUACGGAAGUAUACAGCUGCUAGGUUUACUAACAGAUAUUCACCUGAGGGUGUAUUUACAGAGGAGGAGUCUAGACUUCUAUCUGAUUAUGUGUACCAUACCUCAGCUGCCAAAGCAAGUGGAGAGCUCUGCUUAAAAUAUAUAUUUGCAUUUGGAGCAUUUAAUCGGGCACUUUUAAACAGUGCAUCCGAGUGGAAAGUGCCAACCACUUUUAUAUAUGGGGCUGAAGAUUGGAUGAACUACCAAGGAGCCCAAGAAGCUCGCGAGCAAAUGAAGGUCCCAUGUGAAAUUAUCAGGGUUCCUCAGGCCGGACAUUUUGUGUUCCUUGAAAAUAGAGAUGGAUUCCAUUCAGCUGUGUUGUAUGCCUGUAGGAGAUUUCUUUCACCUAACCCUGAUAAAGAACCCUUUCCUGAAGGUUUGGUAUCAGCAUAGAAGAAGCAUAGUAUUUUUUAAUUUCUCUCCACAUGUUGUAUGGCGCAUUACACCGAGUUUCAUUGGCCAGAAGAUUAUUUGGGUAAAGAAAAAAACAUUAUUUGCCUGUAGCUUGUAUCAUAAUAUUUUUAUAUACGUAUUAUAUGUUUUGUAGUACCUUGAAUCUGGUUACUGGUUUAAGGGAAUGGAUAUUGAAGAAUUGAUUUUAAGGGGAGGUAGAAA